UCUUGCGCAAAGUCACUGCUACUGACCAAAGCCUUGCAACAAUAUUCAGGCGCCCUUAUCAGAGAAUAGACAGCAGAGCUAAAUCAUAAAUAGGCUUAGUAACCAAAAUCAUGCCUCGUCCGGGGAAGAACUCGUACAGUGACCAGAAGCCGCCUUACUCCUAUAUCUCUCUGACAGCCAUGGCCAUCCAGAACUCAACGGAGAAGAUGCUCCCACUGAGCGACAUCUAUAAGUUCAUUAUGGACCGCUUCCCUUACUACCGGGAGAACACACAGCGGUGGCAGAACUCUCUGCGACACAACCUGUCCUUCAAUGAUUGCUUCAUCAAAAUCCCCCGGCGGCCCGAUCAGCCGGGGAAGGGCAGCUUUUGGGCCCUGCACCCAGACUGUGGGGACAUGUUCGAAAACGGCAGCUUUCUACGCAGGCGGAAGCGCUUUAAACUGCUGCGCGCUGAGCACAUGGCCUGCAAGAGCUCCCCGAUGAUGCACUACUUCCACCACCAGGGCAAGCUGAGUGGAGGGCAUCAUGAGCAUCCAGGCCCCGCGGCGGCAGUGGGUAGGCUCCCCCACUUUCAGAGCUACGGCAGCAUCAACUGCGGACAGUCCGGCGGCUUCAAGCACCCGUUCGCCAUUGAGAACAUCAUAGGUCGGGACUACAAGGGCGUGAUGUCGAGCGGGCUGCCCAUCACUUCCGUAAUGCACCACCUGGGCUACCCUGUGCCCGCGCAGCUCAGCAGUGUGGUCAACUCAAUGUGGCCGCACGUGGGCAUGCUGUCAGAUUCCAUGAGCGCCAUACCCGUCUCCUCAGAGUAUGCGCCCUUUGGCGUGUCCAUGAAGGGUCUCUACCAUCACGCCAGUGGACAGACGCUACCCGCUGUUCCUGUGCCCAUCAAACCCACCCCGUCUAUGGGUCCGAUGCCCGGUCUUUCGGGCCUUCCGUCCGGCCCAGCGCAGCUCUGCUCCUCUUCAUCCAUGCUGGAGAAGAAUGGUUCCGACCCUUUGGAGGGCAAGGGCAACGCGAUACACCCGGCUCUUCUGCUGUCUUAACCGGGUAAAACAUCAACAAGUCGAUUCUGUAUCUACGAGGGAACGAGAGCAGUAUCUAAAAUGUGAUUCAUGUAUAGUUGCCUAGAUGUUGAGCAGGUAUGGAGAGCUGUAAAGGAAUUCAGACUGUAUCUUUAUAGUGAUGAGUUGUAGGCUACCACGUAUUUCAGCAUCAUU